AUGGCGGAAGCCUGCGCGCUUGAGGAACUACAGUCUGAGCUCACCUGCCCGGUGUGUCUGGAGUUGUUCUGUGAUCCGGUUAUCCUCGAGUGUGGACAUCACUUCUGCCAGGUGUGCAUCAUCCAGUGCUGGGAAGCCAAGGCGGACGAGCAGUCGAACUGUCCAAAGUGCAGAAAGUCGUGCGCCCGUAAACUGCGACCCAACUCUCUCCUGUGCAACGUCGUGGACAGUGUGCGCAGAGCCCGGGUCAUGGAUGCAGCCGCGGGGACAAUCGGGUGUGACCCGGUAGUUGGUACGCUGGAGGAGCCGGAGGAACGGGAGCCCGGGUCCAGCAUGAGCAGCGUGGCCUCGUCCAUCGGGUUCUGGCCGCGUCUUAGUGUGGAUAUGUGCGAGGAGCAUGAGGAGAAGCUGAAGCUUUACUGUGAGGACGAUCAGCUGCCCAUCUGUCUGGUUUGUGGCAUGUCCCGGGACCACAAAACCCACAAUGUCAUCCCCAUUAACGAGGCUUUUGAAAACUACAAGGACAAGCUGUCUGUCGCUUUGGAGAGGGUCGAGCAGCAGACAGAGGAGGCCUCACUCUUCCAAAAAAACACCAAUGAAAAGAUCCUCCUCAUUAAGGAGCAAGCAGGCGAUCUGGAGGAGCUGGUUACAGCAGAGUUCAGCCGUCUGAAGGACUUCCUUCUGGAGGAGGAGGAGCGCAUAAAGGGGAGACUGCAGAAGCAGAAAGUGGAGAAGCUCAACCAGCUGGAGGAGGCGCUCACUGAAGCCACAGAGCAAAUCAGCCAACUGGAAACUACAGCUGACCAACUCCGCCUCAAACUGAGGGAAGAAGAAAACCCGGAGCAACUCAAGGGAAUUAAAGAUUUCAUUGGGGGGGCUGAGAGCUUGUUUGAGCGCCCCCCAGAGGUGAGUGUGGAUCUGCAGUCUGGAGAGUUCCUGGGACCUCUACAGUACAGGACAUGGAGGAAAAUGAGCUCAAUUUUUCAGCCAGCUGCGACAGCGGUGUUGCUUGACCCAGACACGGCCUACCCCUGCCUCUGGGUUUCUUCGUGUGGUACCAGCGUCCAGGUGGGCAAAAUUCAGCCCAACCUGCCCAACAACCCAGAACGCUUCACCCGCUACAACAUUGUCCUUGGCUCUGAAGCCUUCUCAUCAGGCCGACACUACUGGGAGGUGGAGGUGGGCUCCAAGACAGCAUGGGGUCUGGGUGUGGCCUUAGCCUCUGUCAACAGGAAGGAGGAGAUCAGCCUCUGCCCAGAUGAUGGCUUUUGGACACUGGUGCUGAGGGACAACGGAAAUGGCACCAGUGAGUAUGAAGCAUGCACUAACUCAGAGGAGUGCUUGCUUUAUCCCUCCAAACCCCCCAGGAGGGUAGGGGUAUAUCUAGACUAUGGUCGUGGCGAAGUGUCUUUUUAUGAUGCCGGAGACAUGAGCCACCUCUUCACCUUCUAUGAUGCAAAAUUCAAAGAGCCUGUUUUCCCGUACUUCAACCCCUGGCCAAUUAUCAACGGACACAACUGGGAGCCGCUCACCAUAGUAACGCCACACUGGCGAUAGAUGUUCUUUUUAUACUGAUGCUCUCCAUCAGCUGGUUUAGAUUAAAACUGUGGAAAGAGAUUUAGCAGCUAAUAACUGUGCAGCUGUGGAGCUGUACUCUCUCAUGAGCCUUCACAGUGUUAACUAUUUGUCUUGAAAGUGUUUUCUAUAUAAAUUACAUGAUGAUGAUAAAUGGGUAACCUUGUCUUACAUUCAUGUAAGAAUGGGCUGAAGACAAACUACUAAAUCACAAGACAAAUUACACUUUAAAGGACAUGCCUGAUGAUAUAUUGUAUUGUUCUCAUUGUCAAAAAAUCCCAUGAAAAGAUCAAAAACAAGUUUUGUCUGUGUAGCCAAAACUUUAUGAAUCGAAUUCCUUAAUUGUUGUCCAAAACCAAUAAAAACUAUUUACCAAUACAUUACUUAAGUGGCUGACAUGCUUAUAUGUCAGUCUCACAUACACCGUCAAGCUGCUGUAAAGCCACCAGUACAUCAAACAUAAAUUCAUCCGCACCUGAAA